AGCCGGAUGUUAUAUUUUUUAUUGCGGUUUGCUUAACCGUCACCAGUCUGUUAGCAUAUCACUCUAUUAUAUCAAGGACUUGGUAGUUUUAAGCUACUGUAAACGACUGACAGACACAAAUGAACAAAAAUAUAUUUUUAUCAUUUGUACCCGAAGCUAAAACGUUAUUUCCAGCUGCGGUUCCGUUCGUAUUUGACCGUUAACGUAACGUUACUUGUAGCUAACGUGGCUAAAGCUCAACGGCUAACAGCUAGCUAACUGUCAGUGAGCUGAGAGUUGGUCCAUGUGGUUGAAGUUACAUUUAAUUACACUUGCCUUGUCCAAUAAUGCUACCAAGGCAACUAUCAUUUAACGUAUAUUAUAAAACAGUGUCCUAGUUGUAUUUAGGCGGACAUUAACAGCAGAAUGAGGGCUUGUUUUGGUGUUAAAACACAGCUGCUAAUCAGCAGAGUCUUCAGUCGUCCAUCAACAGCAGUGCGAUGGCGAGCAGCUCAGACCAGACUCCUCUGCAGCCCUCCAACCGGCGAGGAAAAGCCCCAACGCUCCAUGCUGCGACACCUGACCACCAAAAUAAAAGCCACCGGUCCGAUUCCGGUGGCGGAGUACAUGAGAGAGGUGCUCACCAACCCAGUGACGGGUUAUUACGUGAGGAACAACAUGCUGGGACCGGACGGAGAUUUCAUCACGUCACCAGAAAUCAGUCAGAUCUUCGGAGAACUGCUCGGCGUGUGGAUCGUCAGCGAGUGGAUGGGAGCCGGUCGACCCACACAGCUGCAGCUGGUCGAGCUCGGACCUGGGAAAGGAUCGCUGGCCAGCGACGUCCUCAGAGUGUUCAGUCAGUUGCGGUCCGUGCUGGGCGGAGCCUCCGUGUCCCUCCACCUGGUGGAGGUGAGUCCGGCGCUGAGUCGUCUUCAGGCCCAGAGUCUGACCGGGAGCCGCAGCCAGGAGGCGCACGCCGAGGAUGAGCCGGCGUACCGCCGCGGGGAAACCACUGGCGGGCUGCCGGUGUCCUGGUACCGCCGCCUGGAGGACGUCCCCACAGGAUUCAGCAUCUUUCUCGCUCACGAGUUCUUUGACGCUCUGCCCAUCCACAAAUUUCAGCGGACGCAGAAAGGCUGGAGGGAGGUGAUGGUGGACAUCGACCCAGAGAAGCCCAACCAGCUGAGGUUCGUCGUGGCGCCGUCUCCCACUCUGGCCUCGUCCGCACUCGUCCAGGCAGAUGAAGGGCGGGGCCACGUGGAGGUGUGUGCGGAGGGCGGAGUCAUCAUCCAGCAGCUGGCCCGGCGGAUCCUAGAGGACGGCGGCGCGGCGCUGAUUGCCGACUACGGCCACGACGGAACCAAGACGGACACGUUCAGAGGUUUUAAAGACCACCGUCUCCAUGACGUCCUGUCCUCGCCCGGCUCGGCCGACCUCACCGCCGACGUGGACUUCAGCUACCUGCGGAGGAUGGCCGGAGGGGGCGUGGCCUGUCUGGGACCCGUCCCGCAGAGGACCUUCCUGAAAAACAUGGGCAUCGACUCCCGGAUGCAGGUUCUGCUGAGGAACUGCAGCGACGCGUCCACCAGGCAGCAGCUGAUCGCCAGCUACGACGUGCUGACCAACCCGGCCAAGAUGGGCGAGCGCUUCCACUUCUUCGGCCUGCUGCACCCCCGGCGGCUGGCCCGACCCCCCCGACCAGAGGGGCUGAAGCUGGAGAAGAAGCCGAGCCCGGCGCCGCUGCCUGUGGCCGGCUUCACCGAGCUCAGCUUCUCCUGAACACUUUGGUCCACAGCUCGGCGAAGUCCGUCGGAACUGUUCUGGAGAGCUCAUGUUGUGUUCCAGACACAAUCUUUAGCCCGUAAGUUUAGAGGUGCAACGAUGAAUCGAUUAA